AUUCUCCACCUUCUUCAAAGGUUCAACUCAGAGAGGAGAGAACUAGAGAAAGAUCCCCACCCCCAGGCGACGCGACCGGCGAGCCCCGAAACCCUAGGUCGCGCGACCCGGGCAGCGCGCUUCUGCGUGACUGCGUGUCUUUCGGGGAGGGGACAGCGUUAGGACGCGACGAGGUUAGCGAGGCCGUCUGGCCGACUAUAAGCGGAAGAAUCUCCUCCGAAGCCUUCCUAGAGCUGUGAAGAGCGCGUGGAUCUCCUGGAUUUGCAGACUCGAGGGGAGCUGAGACAAGACAUGGGUUGGGGAAUAUCCAGGUUGAUUGGACUGAAGGCUGCUGCCCUGCUUUCUGUAGCAUGUUUUUUCCAAGGACUAGGAGUGACCCUUAUCUCAUUUCCUCUCAUAUAUGCAUCCAUAAUUGCAAUACUAGUCUCGAUAGCUUCCCGCCCAUCUAUUGAUCUUCCUUUACUCCUUGGCAAGGCAUCCGAUGGAAGUUUUCCAUUGUGGUCAUGGAUCAUCUUCUCACCAUUUCUUCUUUUCAUUCACCUGUUCGUGCUGCUACGGAGAUUUGUGAAAAACGAGCCCUUAUACACUGAGGUUGCAGAUGGUGUGUUUGUUGGAGGGUGGCCUUCUUCAGUUGAACACCUGCCACCAGGUGACCCCGCGAUCAUAGAUUGCACGUGCGAGCUGCCAAAAAGCUCGACUAUCUCUAACAAUGCAUAUUUGUGCAUUGCUACCUGGGACACGAGGGCUCCUCAGCCAUCACAGAUUGAGUCUGCCGUGCAAUGGGCUGUGAGAAAGCGGUCACAGAACAAGCCUGUCUAUGUCCACUGUGCCUAUGGUCAUGGCAGAAGUGUCUGUGUGAUGUGUGCGCUUCUUGUCGCAUUAGGGUUCGCUGAAGAUUGGAAAGCUGCUGCACAAAUGAUCCGUGAGAAGCGACCUUCUAUUAGCAUGAAUACUCUUCACCGCAAAAGCUUGGAGGAAUGGUCAAAACAUUUGCUCUCCUCUAAAAGAAGUGGGGAAUCAGAUGUGAGUUCUGUUAUACAUUCGGAUUAUAACCGGAAAUAAAAUUGAACCAGCAAGGGACAGGCGUGUUCAGUUGCUGUGACAUUGAAGAUGCAUUACAUUCGGUAGUAUUGUUUGCUGCUGUCCUAGUGAAUGCCUAUGGUUCAUUUUAAAUUAUCCUUUUGUGGCAUUUGUGUUGUAAAAACUAUAUGUAUCAAAUUAUAUUAGUACUGUAGGUUUACCCGGCUAGUUCUUCAAGGAAGAUGUACUGUCCUUGUCUCCUUUUUUCUGAUACCAGUGCCCUUGCCUCUCAUCGAAUGCUUGCCAGGGAAGUGCUGUUGCCGGACCCUUUGGGGCGAGAAAACCCUGCAUUCUUGCAUUCCUGCUGGGUUCUCAUUUAUAGCUAUAUGUGAUAUGUUUC